ACUAGCUGACCGUUCUACUAGCCAAAUGGAACGUCAGUUGUUGUCUUUAAGGGAAGAAAAGGAUGGCUUGGAAAAGCAACACUAUCAAGUGCAAGCAGAACAAUUGGAAAACGAAGCACAAUGGACUGAAAAUUGGAAUAAAAUAGAAACCUUGGAAAGAGAAUUGAAGGAAAAGACCUCGGAAAAUAGGCAACUUGAAAACACAUUGCAUAGUCAACAACAAGAAUGGAAUCGACUGCAACAAGAAAUGAAGGAAAAGGAGCAAGAAAACAAGGAAUUGCAGGAAUCAGUAAGGAGUUUGGUGGAACAAGUAAACCAACUAAGUAGUUGGAAGGUACAGUCACGUACUGAAUUUCAUAAUACACUAUGGGGAAAUAAGAGACUUGCCGAGGAGUUGAAGGAAGCAAACAAUGUGAUUGAGAGACAGGAAAGAGAAAAGGAACAACUUGUACAAGAUAAGGCUACACUUGUGGAAAAACUAAGUCAAUUGGAAACAAAGUGGCAACUUCAAACAAAAGAAUGGAAAGGGAAAGAAAAGCAACUAGAGGAAGAAUUGGAAAGAGUGAGAAUGAUGGAACAAGAAGUAUCACAUAAGCUACAAGAAAAACAAGAACACAUAAGUCAUCUUGAUCGAAAACUAGAAGAAGCCAAUCAACAUAUCCAAAAUAUGAAAGAGAAAACUAAACGAGAGAAGGAAGAAUGGCAACGUCUAUAUCAGUCAUUUUUUGAAGAAUCGAAGGAGACUAAACUCUAUCAUACUAUUUCAGAAGAAGAUAAAAGGAGUUAUGAGAAGGAUUCCUCCGAUAGAAGAGUUUCUUUGAAGAGGCCAAGAUAUACAGAAGAAGAAGAAGAAGAAGAAAUAGAAGACGAGGAGACUGAUUUAGCAGAUCUCCACACGCAGGAUCUGUUACAAAGUAUACUACAUGAGUUGGAAGAACAAGCACCUCAACUGGAGGUUCAAAGGAAAGAAUUAGAACGUGCAGUACAAAGUGAAAGACAAUUGGUUAUGCAACUGGAAAGGUCCCGAAUAGAAAUGGAUAAACUUCGGACCAACAACAAGUAUUUGGAAGAACAGCGGAGCAUUUUGGAAUCCCAAGUAGAAGAGUUGAAACAAAAGAAACAGAGUUUAGAGAGGAGAAUGUUGCUUGCACUGCGAGAGAAAGAUAUGAAUAGCGAAAAUAUUUUGGACACCCAUUUCCAAGGUCUCGUUCAAAGGUUGGAGUGGUUGGCAGAGGAGACGGAAGACAAAUCUCGCUUUGUCCGCUCUUCGACGCCAUCCACAGUGUCAAGAAGUCUCUUUCAAACGAAUAGUGUUGUGAAGAGUCGUGAAAAGCCAUCUUCUUCCUUCAAGUCGUUGGCACAAGAAGUGAAAGAGUUACUUCGCAGACAAGAGACACUUAUUACAACACUUAUUCAGCAAAAGGAUCUUUACAGAAGCCUGGUAGAAGAGGAAAUUUUGAAACCAAAAAGUGGCUGUUGAGGAGUAAGCCGUUACCCUUCAUACUGUGAAACAAAGAGUUGGUGAUCAAAUUAUCCACCACUAACAGGAACUAUAAUAGCAAUUUCGUCACCUUGUUGUAAUAAAUGAUGACUAUCCUUGUCAAUAUAUUCACAGUUCAAAGCAAUUUGUGAAAAUUGAAGAAACUGAGUUAAGGUUGG